UUCACAUUUGACGAAGGCCCAAUCCAACACAAUUAAAUCUCACAUUGUGAUAAAUAAGAGGAAAAAAUAGCAAAGAUUUAGAGGUGCAGCAAUGGCAGACUCAAACUGGAAGAAUACCGCCCUUCUUGUAAUUGAUAUGCAGAAAGAUUUCAUUUAUCCCGGCAGUCCGGUGCAUGUUAUAGGCGGCGCAGCUAUUGUUCCAAAUGUUGUUAAGGCCGUUGAACAAGCUCGAAUCCGUCAAAUUCCUAUUAUUUGGGUUGUGCGAGAGCAUGAUCCAUUGGGGAGAGAUGUAGAGUUGUUCCGCAGGCAUUGGUAUGCUGCUGAUGAACCAAAACCGACUUCAAAGGGUAGCGUGGGUGCAGAAUUGGUUGAUGGGCUGGUCAUCAAAGACGGUGACUAUAAGCUGGUGAAGACGAGGUUUAGCGCCUUUUUUAACACACACCUUCACUUAUAUCUACAGGGCGCUGGAAUUAAUAAGCUAGUAAUCACUGGUGUUCAAACUCCAAACUGUAUCCGGCAGACUGUCUUUGAUGCUGUUGCAUUAGAUUAUCAUAAAGUCACGGUCAUUGUUGAUGCAACCGCUGCUGCCACGCCUGAUGUACACAUUGCUAAUAUAUAUGACAUGACAAACAUUGGAGUGGCAACGCCAACUCUAGAAGAAUGGUGUAAGUUCGAAGGUUAGCAUAUUUGGCUUGGCUGCUGCUCGGAAGGCGUCGUCAAUAUGAGUAUGGUGGCGAAGAUCCGCUUGUAAAUACAGUUCCUAUCGUUAGCACAGGAUGUUGUGUGUUUAGUAACUAUACUGGUUAUUAAUGUGUGACACUGAUUGUAUAAAUGCAUAAUUGUAUUGAGUUUGUGGUUUGUAACGUGAAUUUGACAUAAAAAAAGUUGAUAUUGCUUUCA